AUAUCUGGAGUUCCGGCGUGUCCAAUGGCCUCCGAAGUGACAGUCCCGAGCGCCGCUGUCGGCCAGAGGCUAGCGCACAGCAAUACCUCCACUAGGAGCCUGUGGUUGGUUCUCUGGACAUCAGGGUGUGAAGUAGGAAAUCCUGAGGACUUCUAUCUCUAUUGUUUCUUUUCUAUCCCAUGCCAAAUGUAAAAUUGCCAGCAUACAAGGUGUGCGUAAUGCAAUGGAAACAAUGGACGCAUCCGCGAAGAAUCUAACUCACCCAAAGGACACCGACGUAAAAGCGCAUACCCGAUAGCAAGGAUACCACUGGGACGCAAGAUGAAUCGAAGUACGUUGAAUUGAACGAUUUACUUAAUUUGGAUACAGACGUCACGAAAACUGUCAACGUUUCUGUCACCAGUGAAGGAAGUCAAAUGUCGACUUGACGCGGGCAACUGGGAGUCGAGCGCAGAAGUAGAAACUCCUGGAUACGGAGACAUGGCGAGUAAGAUGACUGAUCAUAUCAACAGUGAUACAUUUAAGGAGGAUAUUGUCGCAAAGGAGUGUGCCAAUGGCUAUCUAUCCGGGUUUCUUGGAACUUCCUGCUGCGCCCAGGUUCCCAUUCUGAAUGAAAACAUUAUGGCCAGCACCGAAUCACAACAAGACGUUGGUAAUGGAGCGCACACCCGAGAUUUUACCCCAAAAGAGGACGCAGAAAAUACACCUGUUGAUGAACAAAAUGACAAUGAAGAUUUACAAUACACUGACAUGUUAAGCGAGCAAAGUGAAUCGGAUGAUCACGUGAGCUUGGUGCUGUCCGGUGAUUGUGAUGAUUGCGCGCCUUGCAGUAGGGAGGAUGAGACUCAUUACAUAACCACGCACGAGAUCCAGCUCUCCGAGCUUUCAGAUCACGAUGUCGACUAUGAUAUCGAGCAGGGGUGGGAUGAUAAACAGGUCAACUCUUUUGUCGAUGAUGCUGCUUUUGACAGUGAUGGAACGACGGCAGGGAGAGAGGAGAGGGUGAAAAGCAAUCAGGGUCUGGCUAAUAGAGGAGCAGCAGUCAGCACUAAGAUGGAAAGUGAUCUCGGUGACAGGGACAAGGGCGCCAUCUCAGAGAAAGGUCUGUCAAAGAAGCAAAAGAAUGUUGCAGGGCAGAUCCACCUGUCAAUCAGAACGACUUCCCGAGUUAUAAAUAAGCCUAGCAACGUCCAAGAAAAUCAAAAUAAUCUUUAUCGUGCCAAGCACGCCGCAGACAUGAGUCGCUAUGUUUUUAGAGGAGCUGGGGAUGCAAAUACGGAGAAAUUCUGUGAUAGCGCUAAGUGUUUUAUUGCCUCCCCCGGACGCUUUCACUUUGGUGGCAAAUUAAAAGGGAAAGAUGUUAACGAGUAUUCCAGCGGAGCAUCCAGCGCUUUCAGUGAUCUUGACGACGCCGAUAAGGAAGUGCGAAACUUGACUGCCAGAGCGUUCAAGAGUUUAGCAUACCCGUAUUUCGAUGCCAUCAAUUUCAGCACCUCCAGCGAGUCCUCCGCUUCCGAGCUGGGGCUGAACAGGUGGUCAACUUUUGUUGACCUUAAAUAUGGCAACAUGAACAUGUAUCAGAGACGGGGACCGAAUAUAGGGUCUAAUAAAAGUUCUACGUCAUCCUCAGAAAUUGCUAAGAAUAAAGACAAUAAAGGAUAUAAGGGUUUGGUAUUGGCUAACACUAAAACGCACCCGAACAAGCUCUUUGCUUUGAAUGGCGCCCUUUCUGGUCACUAUAACCCAUCUUCCGCAGCAAAGAAAUGUGAGUUUACGGGGGAAUUUGGGCAGGGGCACAGUGGGAUUAUUACGCUCACAGAAACAUUAAAUGUUUGUUGUAAUGUCACGUCCGGGAUGUCGGGGAGUGAAAGGCGCUCAAAAUGUGCAAAAAACGCAACAGGAUCACGUUCCACAGAUGACGUUACCAACACAUUGCCAAGCCGCCAGGGGAGUGAGGCCAGCAAGCACCCAUGUAAUGAAGGGGAAACCAUGGAAGACACACACAAGAAAGCAAUAUUAGCCUCGAGCCUUCUUAAAAAUGUAAUUUCUAAGAAAAUGCAGUUUGAGCAGGAGCGCAAAAUGGAGAGGGGGGAGAUAAGCGAGCCCUAUCACGCGCCAUCUCCCUUUCUCAAACAAGAGCCCGAAAUUACGCACAGGGAGAGGGAUAGGACUACACCAAAGGAGUCUAAGGAUUUUCAAAGGCAGAACUCGAAAUACUCAGAGGCGAGUUCUGACCUAACUAUUGUUUGUGUGGAUGAAUUAGGGGAUUUAGUGGACACCAGCUCAUGCGAUGCCAAAGACGACUGUCGGAGACAAGACAGUUUAAUUAUUGCAUCAGAAACGAAUUUAGAGUCGACAAAUGAAGUAGGAAUCGAUGCUAAAAUAGGAGCAUUCGAAGCGUCCAAAAGCACGCUGCUACGAAGUCAAAAUAGCGCAUUCAGAUCCUGGAGGGACGGUGAGCUAGAGUUUCAAAAGGAACAUAAAAACGAUAAAACUCCAGAGGAGAAACCGUCUUCGUCCACCGACAACCAGGGGGAAAUGGACUUGUACACUGAUCCAGGCAACAGUAAGCUUAUCAAAAUGACACAUUUGCUUGUGCCAAAUAUCCAACUACUACUAUCCAAUGAGAUAGAAGUUUCAAAACCCCUGCAGACUAUGAAUUAUUUAACCCGCGCGCCCGCGGAUCAAGGAGAGGGAGGUGUGAAGUUGGGCACCAACAACACCCUAUACGUCGCUGAUCCUAGAAGUAUUGUAACAUCUAAAUCGCCGGAAAUUAAAAUCAGUUUACGGAGUGUAAAAAAAAACAAAGGCGACCCGUUCAACGUUGCAAAGCUGGUGCCUCCCAAUAUAGGCUGUAACUCAGUCAAACUGAUAAAGCCAGGAGACGAGUCCAGGUGCCAAGCGCUCGCUACGGCGUUGAAGGCUGAGUCUUCCGAAAAAUUACCACACCUCAUGGUCAGAGACAUACGAGACCACAGGGCCAAGCUGCAAACACCUAUACACCAAGUUAGAGAUGUGCGUAAAUUGGUUAAAAGUUCUUAUCACUUUGUGUCUUUGGAUAAUAACGCUACCGCCUGCGACUUUCACUCAGAUCAGAAACUUUCCAAAAAGGAAUCUUAUAGAAACCCUUCGUCGCUUUCCCCCAUCAAAAUAAAGUAUCAGUCUGUGAAUAGCAAUAGCAAUGUGAAUGGGAAGCAAUCUGUAAAUCAAACAGAGAAUUCUACAUUUAAGCUCAACGAGGAUUCAUUUGAAGUUUUCAGGUCAUCACCCCAGCAAGAGGUGGCCAAAAGCGGCAUCCGAAGAGCGUCAGGGAGAGUGCCAUUAGGCAAUACAAAACAACUGAAAGGUGAUUCGUCCCAAGGCCCCAUUGAGAAAACACCUGACAUCGGUGACAAGACAAAACCUGAGUCUAAAUUGUCCAACCUGGCUGCCUUGGAGAAAUUACAGGAUGCAGUCAAAACCAUGGAGCGGCUGUAUGUUUUUGAUAGAAAUGAGUGGAAGAGGAAAUCCGAGCCACCCUCUAUAUUAUCAGACAGUCAUGUGCUCUCUCUCAUAUCCAGCAAGGAGGAUGGGUCAGAGAAGGAGGGAGUGAAUGUGGCCAAUGCCAUGGUGGCCAUGCCAACAUUUAACAUGGACAAGCUCAUCUGGAGAGACUCGUACCCAAACUCUGACAAAAUCCCACCUGCGAUGACCACCUCGCCCAGCUGCAAAACGGCACCACCCAAGCGAAAGGACUGUGUUUAAUGACAGCUCCGAGGCUUCAGGAAACCCCACCACGAGUAACAAUAUCAAGGCACCAUCACAGCUACAUCAUUUUUCACAAUCCCCUUACUGCAAAGGCUUCAGCCCAGUGUCUAAUACACUCCCAGCAGCUGAGGA